AUGGAAACUCGAAGGAAGAUUCGAUUGAGUCUCGCGCUGAGCAUCGUCGUGGCAGCUGCAAUUCCCGCGGGCAACUGUUUGACUAAUUCGCUGGUCGGAGUCAUGUUCCCGACACCAGUCCCGAGCAGCAGCAACGGCAGCAGCAGCAGCAGCAGCAGCAAUCAUCAAACGACGGCGCCCAGUGCCGUUUCCGCCGCUGCCAUACACCAAGUCGAAUCCAAGAGGAUGGAGCAAUGGUCGCCCAGUCCACCCGAUCUGUCGCAUCACAUGCAGCAGCAGCAUCAGCCGCAGACGUCCUACGGUUUGCCGUCGUACUCGCAGCAACCAGUGCAUAAUUCACAGCCGUUCAUGCCAGCCAAUUAUUACCUGCCUGUCAAUGACGAGCCGACUAUCGGAAACAAUUACGGGACAGCGGCUGCGACGGAAUUCCGCAGCGAUCACUACCCUUACCCGUUCGACCCGCCCACGGCCUACGCCUAUCCGAUCGCGGCCCAGCCUCAAGUGGACACUUCGCUGAUACCGACGGCCAAGCACUUCGUCAUAGUGAGCUUCAUCGGUCUGCUGCUGCUGUUCGCCAUCAUACAGAACUCCAUCGCGGCUGCCAAACGCAAGGACGCGCUCGUCGAGGUGCUGUCCAAUAGGCGAAAACGCGAGCUCGACGAGGCCAACUAUCAGCUUUUGCAGCAGCCAGCGGAAGCCGAAUUAACGAGAAAGGAAGACUUACGAAUACGCUGCGUGCAGAGAAAUCUCUGCCUGGAAAAUCGGAAACUCCGCGAGGAUCUCGGCGUUUUUGGCAAAGUUCUUGCCAAGUAUUUGACGAGAAGUGUGCAGGGCUCGCUGAGAGAGAUUUCAUCGGACUGGGAUGAUCUCGUUGAGGACGCUGCUUCGGCUGGACUGAAGGGCGACGAUUGUUAUCAGGUGUACGACAAUUGCGAGGCGAAUUCCAGUGAUGUUGAUAAUAAUAAUAAUAAUUCUGCGACGAAUGAAGACGAAACAAAAACUUGACAUUUUUCUUUUUCUUUUCAACAGAAAACGAGCUUGAGAAAAUUAUAGAAUAGUAAUAUUUUGUAUUUUUAUAUUAGUAUUUAAAUUAAGUUGGGAGAAUAAAAUUUAAAAAAAGAAUUCAACUCGAAAAUAAAACAAAAGAUCUGCUUACGUAGAAAGGUGGAAAGGUGAACGAAACAAGGCAAUUUACUUUAUGAUUUCUUAAAUUUUAAUUACAAUACGUUGUUUUGCAUGUUGUAGUUGCUUGUUUUUUUUCUUUUUUUUUCUUUGUUAUCGCUACAAACAUCGACAUUCAGCCUGAACUAUUUAAUUUUAGACAGCACGACACUGCUCUCUCUUUUUUCUUGCUUCUUACUUGGCUCUCUUCGAUACUUAAAUAUUAUAUUUAUACUUAUUUUUCCGUAUUAUCACUCGCUUUUACACUAUAUCAUUUUUUUUUCUCGCUCACUUCCCAAGCAUAUAUCUUCGUCGUCAUCGUAGUUAUACAACACAAUGCACGUACUCGUGCCGCUAGAUUUUCUCGCAUUCACUCGCAUUUGUUCAAUAUAUAAUAUUAUACACGUUUAAACGAACUCUCACCUUGGAAUCAUGUUAUUAUUAUAAAAAAUAUCAAAUCACGAACAAAAGACGGGGAGGAUUUUAUUUUUAAUUUUUAUUUUACUUUAUUUUUUUUUAUAUGUAUACCGCGAACGUUACAGGUAUUGUAUCGGACACACACGCACGCAUACUAGCAUACAUUUUAUGUAUAUUGAUCAAAAAUCGUGUAUGCACAUUCGUAAUUUUUUUCGUCUAUAGCCUUCGACUCCCGCACAAAAAAUCUCACAACUAAUUACAAAAAAACUAUAUAUAUCAUUAUUAUCGUUCAUAACAUUAAGGCAUUACGUAUAUUCAUAUUUAUAUAAUUUAUUUAUUUAUUUAUUCAUAUUUAUAUUGUUUUUUCCUCAUUCAAUCGUGCGUCGUCGGUUCUUUUUUGUGGGUUCAUUAUUAUACAGCAGUGUAAUGUUUUUUCCUCAUCGUUCGCGAACGAUGUUUCAAUUAUAAUUUUACUCGUUACAAGUACGGCUUGUUUGCUUUUAUUUAUUUCGUUUAUUUCAAUUAAAAUUUUUUUUUUCGUACGACUCGACGUUUUGAAAAUAAAACAAACGCUGAGAUCGCUUGUUGCAAUAGUCCAGUCUUUUUCUUUCGUUCAAUACAGUCAAAUCAAUUGUUGUCGACUUGUACAUUAUCUGAAUCGUCGGAUAAUUAGUAUUGAUUGCUUUUAUGUGUUUUUUCGAAGAAUCUACAAAGCGAUUAGCGACUCGCCUAUUCAUUUACACGUCGUAAAAUUUUUGGCUAAGCUUUGAACGUCUAAAUCUCUUUUCAAAAUUGAAAAACCGGAAGAUAACGAGAGUCGUUGAAAAAAUAUCGAGUCAUUUGCAUAAAAGUUAAAAAUUACGAAAAAGACUCGAAUAAAAGCAAUGAUUUGCUUCGUUAAAAAAUCAUUAAAUAUAGCAAACUACAUAUAUUAGUAAUCUUUUUGGGUGCCUAUAUCGAAUCGAUUAAUUACUGCGCGUCAAUUAAAAAACAUUAUUACAAGAUAUAUAUUUUUUUCCUCUCGUUCGCAAUUGGACAAAGAAGCUUUUCUCAUGGCAGAUUUCGCGUUCAAUUAAUACAUCGAAUAUUAUGUUUUUUUUGUCUGUCUACAAAGAUUGAAACGACGACGCGAAAAUCAUAUGCAUAUAGCCGACCUCGUGGUGUCCUUAUUUUCACUUCGAUUAGAUAUCGAUUACAAAAUUAUCGUUAUUGAUAUAUUUACAAGCUCCAGCUGAAACUGGCGUCCAUCUUCCCAUGCUUAGACUCCACUAGAGUCGCAGGAUGAGUUUUUUUACUUUGCUUAAUUAUACUUUCAAUUUGGAGAAAGAAACAAGCUCAAUGGAUUGCUAUUUAAAGUGUUUUGUAGUGGGCUUUCCGAGUGCACGUAGGCUUGCAUUUGACUUACUUUUUAAUAUUUAUAAUAUAUCGUAAUGUACAUAAUUAUAAGAAUGGACCUGAGCACGUUGGAUCCAGCCGCGAGUUUUUCCAACUCGCAUAAGAGAAUGGCACUGUUCAGUUCGACGAGUUGCUGACUUAUUUUUCGUUAGUAAUUUCACUCGUUCGGUAGACUUGAUUUCAUUGAAAGAAUUGAAAGGUCGAUUAUUAUUAGAUUGAGUUUAAAUUUGAUAUUAAUUGACCGUACAUAGUUGGCGUGAUUGGUUUUUUUUUUCAUUUCAUUUUAGUACAAAAAAAGCAAAUUUCAGAUCAGAUUUUCGCGUUAGUAAAGAGACAAAGAAAAGAGAGAAAGAGCAGGGAUGUUAGGUACCUCACACAUGUUCGUACAAAAAAGAAGAUUCAACUUUGAGCAUUAUUAUGUAGAACAUAUAAAAAACACUUGUUUUAUUUUCUUAUGCGUUUAUUGUAAUAACUUAAUCAUCACUAUUGAUAAUUAUUCGCUCUUAUUGUUUAUACUCGUAAUCACUUAUCAAUGCGUUAAAAAUUAAUUAAUAAAAUAAACUUAUAUAAA